AUGAAGGAUCAUGAGAAUUCGGACGAACACAGGUCAGCACUUGCGACAUUAUUAGCUAGGAAAAAUGCUGGCGGUAGAGUUGACAAGAGUCUUGUUCUUCAAACGGAAGAAGAAAUAAAAUACUGGCAUGAGGUUUUGAGGCGCAUAGUGGCUGUUGUGAAGUCACUUUCUGCAUGCAGAUUGCCGUUUAGAGGUUCUCAUGAGAGAUUUGGAUCGAAAAACAGAGGGAACUAUCUUAUGACCCUAGAACUUUUGGCUGAGUUCGAUCCUUUUCUGGACUUACAUUUAAAAUGCCACGGUAACAAAGGAAUUGGGACAACAUCUUAUCUUUCGUCAAAAACAUGCGAUGAAAUUAUCAAUAUCAUGGCAGAAAAGGUCAUAAAUAAAAUCGUAUCUGAGAUAAAACAUGCCAAAUAUUUUUCCAUUUUUUCUGUGGACUUCUGA